AUGAAGUUUCUUCUUCUUGUCCUGGCGUUGUUCCAGCUUCUCCAGGCUACAAGCGCGCGUGUGAGCCCUUACUUUGCAAAUAUCACCUUUGCUCACUGCCCAGCUCCAGAUGGAUCUUUCUGUUUUGAAGGCCGUCGUGGUCCUAUGGUGAUCAAAUGUAUCAGGGGCUCCGUUGUGAAUACUAUCAACUGCAAGAAACAUGAAAAUGACCGUACCGCAAAGUGCUUUGAAUCAUCUGAAACUGCUGGAGAUGCAGCUUGUCUUCAUGGAGGUGUAGUCUCACUCACUAUCAAGACUGAGCCAUUUGCGUCCACUCUUGCUCCCGUCAACAAAUUCGCUAGAUCUCUUAUUGGAACUGAACCUAUCGCUUCUACUAUGUUCACCCUGGAUGACCCUAUCAAGCCCUCUGGCACCCAUCGAACUGAGCCAGUUGCUUCCACCUUUGCUUCUGGCACUAUGGCUCCAAUUAUGACCCCUGAUGACAAGGUUGUUAUAUCUUCUGAUAACCUCCGAACUGAACCCUUUGCUUCAACCCUCGUUCCUAUUCCACAAAUUGGGAUAUCGGCUGGCACCACCAUCAUCUAUACUGGCUUAUCUGUCGACAGCACCACUACUAUCUCUACUGUGUCAACUACCACAGAUGUAGUGCUCACCAGCUUGUGGACUAGUUCUCCAACUCGCAAGAUGCAAUCUAGUGUGGCUACCCCUGAGCCUAUUAUUAGUGAACCAACCACCGAGACCACCAAUGAAGCGAACGCAUCUAUGACUACGCACAAAGAAAACACAGUUUUUUCCACCCAAUGCACCUCUUUGGCUCAGCCUACUUCGGAAUCAUCUGGCUCUUAUGUCCCAGUUCCGUCUAUUCCAACUGUUAGCCUUUCCUCGACGUCGGCUAUGAGUACCACCGAGCCUACCACAACCAGCAAGACCACAACUUCAAGCACUACUACGUCUGCAAAUACUCUGGUUAUCACUAUUACGCCAACUUCGACCACUAUGAAGGAGACUAGCAUGAUCACUGAGUCAAUUGUCACCAAGCAGCCUCAGACUUCUCUAACCACGGAGCUCAAGGGUACAACAGAGAAUACUGAUACUUUUUCUGCUAGCACCUUUGUUUCCACUGGUACCUCUAAGCGUCUAUCCUCUGAAAACACUUUGGUGCUUUUGCUUCCAACUCAGACUAGUCUAUCUACACACUCCGACAUAGUCACAACUGUGUCAUUCCCCUCAUCUACAAUGACUGUUUACAAAAAUCACACUUCGACAUACGCCACACCAACCUAUAGCAUUGUCACUUCCACACCCAACAAUGCAGUCAAUGAAAACGGGACUGACGCUAAGCUUGCUUAUCUUUUUAGCAUCAUAGUUGCCUUCCUGGUUUUGGUGUGA